UCCUGAGGUGCUAUCUGGCAAUACGGCUCGGAACCCAGCUCUGCGAAUCGGAAUUCAAUAAUAAAUUGAAUUUAUUAAUUAAAAUCGAACAACGCGAGAAUGGCAUCCAUCCUGAGGACUGGCAAGCUGCUGCGCUACUUCGCCGGCUUCACCCGCAACGUGGUCGUGAACUCGGUGCGGGAGAGCGAAUCCAACAACCUGCUGAACAAUGCGCCCUGCAUGUGCGGCCACUUCCAGAACGGCUUUGCCACCAAUGCCGCCGCCAAGGCCGAGCUGAGCCUGGACAAGCAGAUCCGCCGCCUGGACCAGGAUGUUCGCCGGGUGGGACGCAUCUCGCGGCGCGAUCUGGAGGAGGUUCUCGACGAGAUUCGCACACACAGAACCGCCACCAGCUCACAGUCCCUGAUGGUGAUCCGCUGCUGCGGCAACCUGGUGCCUGAGGAGCUGCCCGAAGUCAGGACGGCGCUGGUCCAAGAGAUCUGGAAGACCCUGAACGCCCUGAACGUGCCCAUGGACAUCUCGCACUACAAUGCCCUGCUGCGGGUUUAUCUGGAGAACGAGCACGGCUUCGCUCCCACAGAGUUUCUGGCGGAGAUUGAGGCCAAGGGCAUCGAGCCGAACCGGGUCACCUAUCAGCGUCUGAUUGCUCGGUACUGCCAGCUCGGAGACAUCGAUGGGGCAACCAGAAUCCUGGAGUUCAUGCGCGCCAAGAGCCUGCCGGUCAACGAGAACGUCUUCAACUCGCUGAUCCUGGGACACUCGCAGGCCAACGAUCUGGAGUCGGCCAAGGGCAUCCUCGGGGUGAUGAAGCAGGCUGGACUGGAGCCCAGUGCGGACACCUACACCACCUUGUUGUGUGCCUUUGCCAGGCACGGCGACCUGGAGGCGAUCAAGGAAACCCUGGCCGAGUGCGAACAGAAGGAAAUAAUCCUGCUCGACAAGGAUCUGCUGGACAUCAUCUACACCCUGACCAUCCAUGGCAAUGGAGAUAGUGUGGACGAGUUACUGACCAAGCUGCGAAUCUCGCCGGGCUUCAAUCAGGACGCCGUGAACGUGAUCCUGCGCCUGGUCAACAAGGGCCAGGAGGAUGUGGGUCUGAAGCUGCUGCGCGUGAUGCCUCGGACCAACCGCGUUAACGGAGAGCCCAUAGACGUGGGUGCAUUCUUCAUUCGCCAAAUGGUUAAGGCUAACCGGCCGGUGGAGAAGAUCCUUUCCAUCUGCAACGCUCUCCAGGCAGAGGGGCUCAACCCCAAGGCCCUGACCAUCGCCACUGAAGCGGGGCUGACCAACGGAGUUGUCAACAAUGCCCUGCCCCUGCUCCAGGAAAUGAAGAACGCCGGCCUGCCCAUCAGGCAGCACUACUUCUGGCCCCUGAUCUGCUCUGUGGAGUCCAACCAGGUGCUAGACAUCGUGCGUCGCAUGCAGCAGGAGUUCUCCGUGUACCCCAACUCCGAAACCAUCAGGGAUUACGUGAUUCCGAACCUGAAGGAGAAGAACUGGGAGCGCGUAGUCACCGCUUUGAGGGAUGCUGGCGUGCCAAACUCCACGGCCGUCACCUCUGCAGUUUAUGCCGCCUUGGCGACUCACAACAUAUCUGAGGCAGCCAAGAUAAUGGAACAGAACCGAGCCUACUAUUUGCCGUUCCUCUUCAAACAACCGCUGAUCCUGGCCCUCAGCCACACCAACGACUACAGCUCCUUCAUCCGCUGCGUGCGACAAGUCCACGAAGGACUGCAGCUCCGCCAAGGCAAGGAGGAGGAAGCGGAAGCCGGAGAAGCGGGAGGCGAGGCAGUGGCUGCUGUUUCGGAGAAAGCUACGCACGAUGUGGUGGGCUCCAUCGUCCAGGAAGCAGCUACCUACUUCCGAAGGGAGCGCGUGGCCACGCUGGAGAAAAUCCUCAAGGGAUUGGUGAAGCAGGGCUUGUCCAUCAGCAGCCAGAAGGCCACUCAGAUAUCGGAGCAACUUGGCGGAGAACUGACACCCAGGGUGUCCGAACUGCUCGGCAAGCUGAGCUCCGGGGAACUAAUGCCUGUUCCUUUGCCGAACAGUGCGAAGCGGAGCCUGGACUCGCUCUCCAUCGAUGAACUGGAACGCUUUAUUGCCAAUGUGGAGGCCAAGGGAGACAACGCCAACAACAUCAAACGCCAGCUGCUGAACGCCUGCUUCCGCUCCCAGAACAUCGAGAAGACCCUCCAGGUGAUUGCGAAACUCGAGUCGGAGAAGUUCCAGAUUCCUGUGGGGAUCUACGCCCAGCUCAUCGACCUCUACACGCACCACAAACGCAGCUCCGAGGCCCUGGAGACCUACGCCCAGCUGAAGGCCAAGGACGCCAGCUUCAAGUUGGACAACCUAAAGGCCGUUCGUCUGGCGGAUCUCUUGUUGCAGGAGGAACGCGAUGAUGCAGCCUUCAAGGUCCUUGAGGAGAACAAAAAGGAUGCCCCAGUGAGCGAGUCUGAAGGAAGCUUCAACUACGUGACCACCGCGUGGCGCACCCUGAACUCCCUUGCGGAAGCUGGGCAGGCAGAGAGGCUGACCAAGCUAUUCGAUGCCUUGGUGGCCGCCAACUACAUUGUGCCCACCAAUGUGCUCCUGGGGCCGCUGAUUAAGGUGCAUUUGGUGAAGGACGAUGUGCCGAAGGCCAUUCAGGCUUUCGAGGAGAUCUGCCAGAAGCACAAGUCCACUCCCUGGAAGAACGAGCUGGCCUGCCGGCUGAUCCAGAAGGAGGACGCCGCGAAUCUCCAGAAACUGACCGAUCUUAGCACCUCCAUUCACGGCGAAGUGAACAGCUUGUACGACCUGGUGUUCUCGUUCGUGGAAUGUGGUCGCGUCAGGCAGGCCAGGAAGAUCCUUGAGACCCCUGGGCUGCGAACUCGCCCGCAAAGAAUCAACAGUGCCUGCGACCGGUACAAGAACGAGGGGUUGCUCCAGCCCCUGGAGGGACUCAUUGAAGCCACCAAGGACCUGGGCCACAUCGACAGAAACAAGAUCUACUUCACGUUGCUGUUGAGCUACGACAAGGCCGACGAGGCCGAGAAAGCACUGGGCUUGUGGACCAAAAUGCAGGAGGAGGCGGUGACCCCCAACGACGCUUUCCUCUUGAAGCUGGCCGAGCUGCUCAGGAGGAAGAACAUCGAAGUGCCUUUUGUUGUGCCGGAGACCCAGAAGGAAUCCCGUGCCAGAAAAGCAAAGGCGAAGGAACAAACCAAAUCAGAACAGACUAAAGCCGAAGCAGUCAAGGACAAAGAAGCUCCCAAAGAGAAACCCCAAAAGAAGGCAGAGCCUGCACCCGCACCCACCCCCAAACCAGUUUCCCAUACUUCUGGCUUCCGAAAGGCCCUCUUGGCCAACGACCCCGACGCAGCCAUCGCCCACAAGCAAAGCUUCCAGGGUGGCGACAAGGUCGGAGUCUUGGACACCUCCCGGCUGAUUGAGCUCCUGGUUCGGGCCGACCGCCUGACAGAGGCUACCAAAUACGUGGAGGAACUGCUCUCCGAGAAGCUCCACCCCCAGCCAAAGAUCUUCAAGUUCUAUCUGAACAAAAUUGCCGCCGCCGGUGACCUGGAAACGCUGAAUAAAAUUGGCCAGCAACUAACCGAGGAGCAGAAGCGUCUGGUUUCCUUCGACAACCGUUUCUGCCACGCCAACAUUGUGGCCGGCAAGGCUGAGCAGUUCCUGAAACAGCUUUCCACGGACAUCGAGGCGGCGAAGACCCCGGAAGAGGCGGCCAAGCAGGCGGAGAAGUUCCCCCGAGGUGGAGCAGUGGGCAUUCUGGACAAGCAUCCCGAACUGGUGCCACAGUACCAAUCGCUGGCCGAGAAGUUUGCCGCUCACAACCAGCUGGGACCCAUGAACGUUUUGUGGAUGCACCUCAUUUCCAGUGGUCAGGAAGCCGCCUCUAAGCAAAUCUGGGACAAGCAUCUAUCCAAUGCCCCACGUCUCAUGUUCCAGCGCGUUUUGCAAACCGCCAGGGAACAGCAGGACGAGAAGCUGGCUUCUGUGGUAAUUUCCCAGCUGAGGGAUAGCAAGAUAUCGGAGGGUGCCAUUGGAAAUGCCUACUCCUGCCUCAUCGACAUCCAGACGAACAAGGGCAACACAGACAAGGCUCUGGACGUCCUCGCCAAUGCCGUGAAAGAUGUUUCGCUGGAGAACAUUAACAGAACCGCCCUGCUACGUCUGAAACAGGCGGCGGAGGAGAAAUCACAGAAGUUCCCGUACACGAUUCCCGAAAAGCGAACCAAGGCCGACGACUCCAGCUCCUCAUCCUCGUCCUCAUCCAGCGAUGACGAUGUGUCGCCUUCGAUACCAGAAACUGUGCCACCCAAGCCGACCCCCAAGGCCUAGAGUGGUUUCCACCCGGAGUCCCCUUAUUUUACGUCCAUCAAGUUAGCAAAACACUUUUUGGGGCAAUCGACUACAAAAUAAUCCCCAGAAUGGAAGAAUUCUGCUAACUUUAUGUUCGCCCUUUUUUCUAGUUUAACCCUUCGUGAUUAAAGCUUAUUUUUAAAGUAUUUACUAUGGAUAAACAAUUUGUAAACUAAAAUAAAUUUAGCUGUUUUGUUGCAAGUGAUUGUGAAAACCUA